UGUCUAUCAGUCCCUCUGGUGAAAUGGUAAAUCUGACCUGUAGCUGUGAUGGAUACCCACCUGUGGAGAUCUACACCUGGUUUAAAGAAGGUGGAGACUCACCUGUAGGAUCUGGACACAGUUAUGUUCCUCUACAGAGUGGAUCCUACUACUGCCAGGCUCAGAACCAACAUGGAGCUCAGAGAUCAGCUGCUGUUUCAGUCUUGAUAAAAGAGUUUCCAUAUGCAGCUCUUCAUGCAGGUGUUGGAAUUGGAUGUGUAUUGCUGUUCUUCAUUAUCAUCACCCUCUUCUUCUUCAUACGCUCCAGAAACAGAAGAAGAAGAUCUCAAAUUAAAGAAGAAUUCUCCAUGAGGACUGUCUAUGCAGCUAUAUCACCAACAUCUGCUCCCGGUGAUGCAGCAGGACACUCUUCAGAAGAUCAGGAGGUUCUUUAUGCCAACGUUUUACAACUGAGAAAUGAGGAACUUCCACGUAAAACCUCUUUUUCUGGGGCUACAAUGGAAGAGAAGCUUCGGGAAGAUGACGCUCUGUACGCUAAAAUCACAUUUCAUUCAUCUGCUCCUGCCAACAGAUAUGAUGAGGAUAUGGUGGAAGAUCCCUCAGCGCUCUACAGCACUGUCCAACGAACAGCGUGAACCCAAACUCGCUUAAUUUCACCAUUAUUUAGCUUAUAUUUAUACUGUUGCUAAAUUAUCAAAAUCACAGGAUGCA